AUGGGUGUCAGCAAUGUACACAAACUCACCAGUCAGAAUGUUAGAGGGGGAUAUGGGACAAAGGAGGUGGCUUUGGUGGGUGUGGCAGUACACCAAACGGGAACAAAAGGCGGCGACGAGGGUUUUGCUGCUCCUCCUCCAGACUCUGUGUGCGCGGCGGCGAGGCGACGGAGCUCGCCGCCUUCGGAUCGAGAGGGGGGAGGCCGGGGGCGGGGUGGGUUUCCGUGGCGGCGCCGGAGCGGGGGGAGGGGAGGCGACAUGAGGGGCGGCGGCCGUGGGGGCGGCGGGAGGGCACCCUUCGCCGCGGCGGCGGGGGCGGCGGAUGCGGCCACGAUCCCGCCGGCCUCGAGGAAGCUGGUGCAGGGGCUCAAGGGGAUCCUGAACGACCGCUCCGAGGCCGAGAUCUACGCCACGCUCCUGGAUUGCGGCAUGGACCCCGACGUCGCCUUCGACCGCCUCAUCUCCCAAGAUCCUUUUCAUGAAGUGAGAAGAAAACGUGAUAAGAAAAAGGAGAUCAAAGCUCCUCAGGAAACCAGGCCUCGACCAUUUUAUAAAUCUACAUUCCGAGGAUCUAAGACCGGUUCUGAUCGAAGCGGGCAUUUCCACACUGGCUUGGGAGGAGAUUCAACUGGCAGUGGUAAAGGCCCUACCAAGAGAGAAACCGAGUUACAUUCUCUUGCGAAUUCAUCUGCUUUGGAUUCUGUCAAGGAAAGCAACCCAAAGGAAAAUAUUUCAGCAGCUGACCAUGCUACUAUCAAUGAUAGUUCUAUUGUAUCAGGUGGCCAAGCUGAUGCAAAGCCCACCACUCUCCAGCCCUCUUCUCAAGUGAAGCAUGGUUGGGGUGUGAUGUCAGGACGCCCUUCCAUGGCUGAUAUUGUCAAGAUGGGCAGACCCCAAGCUAAACCUGUGAGCAGAUCUGUUGCGAGUAAUACUGGCAUGCCAACCGUUGGCGGUCCAAUCAUUUCCAAUCCAACAAAUCAUACUUCAAAAGAUCAACAGAACUUAGUUUUGACUUCAGAAGUGGACUCUGUUACGACUGAUAAAAUACCAAAUGGUACCAAUGGUGUAUCCCCUACAUGUAAUGACUCCUCUAUUGAUGUAUUACCUCCCAGAGAGGGGUUGGAGGUGCCAGAGUCUGUUGCCACUAGUAAACCAGGACCAUCAACUGCAGAUGUUAACAAGGAUGAAGUCAAAGAAGACACAAAUUAUAAAAACAAGGACAUGAGUGCAAGCAGUGUGGAUGGUCCAACAUCUUCAGGACCAUGCACUGCAUCUAGUGAAGAAAUACCAUCAGAUACUCAAAUUGCCACCCAGCUGAACAAUGAUUUGAUAGAUGAAACCAAUGACUGUCAGUCUGAUAGCAAUGCAUUUGAGAAUAACCGUGUUCCAGAUUCAGAGGGAAAUAUGUCUGCUACUGACAAACAGUUUGAACAGUUGACUCUAAAUGAGGAAAAGAUAUCAAAAUCAUCUGAAGAUAACCCAGCUGUAAUAAUUCCUGAUCAUCUUCAGGUUUCAAAUGCUGAUUGUGCACACUUGACAUUUGGUAGUUUUGUGUCUGGAACACUUGAUGCACCAGUCUCCUUGAAAACUGCCAAUAGUGAUGGGGAUGUUGCAGUUGUUUCUGAUAACCAUUUGAUUGAUCAGUCAGAUGUCAGAAUCCAUGAGUAUGAAAAUAAGGAUACAGUAGCACCUGCAGCUGAAGGACAUGCUGCCUCUUCAACAAAAAGUGAUAUGGAGAAUCUUGACGUUACACCUGUACAACAACCUGAAUUGAGAACAACUGACUUAAUGGAUGUUACAAACAACACCGUGUACAAUUUAUCAUCAACAUCCGAUUAUGCAACUUCAAGUGCAGUGCAACCAGAUUCUUCUGCACAAACUUAUCUGCAAGAACAUCGGCAUUUGCAAAAUGUUUCACCCCUCUCUAAUUUUAUGCAUGGAAAUAUUCCAAAUGGACUAUUGGCACCAGCACUUCCACCUGUGCGUGACUUUGAUCCUGCUUUCUCAUUAUUGCUUACUAACCCUCCAUUCGCUACAAUGGUUCAUGGCACAACAUCAUCGUCCAUGGGCAAUGCAGCUACUGUUUCUACACAACCACAAGAGAAUGUGAAUCCAGGUGCUUCAUCCAACACUCAGUUGAGCCAAUCUCAACCAAGCACCAGCACCAGCAUUGCUUCAGGUCCUCCACUCCCUCAGCAUCUCGCCCUUCACCCCUAUGCCCAAGCAACUCUUCCUCUCGGGUAUGCAAGCAUGAUUGGUUACCCAUCUCUGCCGCAAAGUUAUGCAUAUCUCCCACCUGCGGCUUUUCAGCAACCAUACAUGAACAGUGGCCUAUUUCACCAAGCAGCAGCUGCAGUUCCCAAUUCCAGUGUAAAAUACCCUCUGCCACAGUACAAAAGUAAUGUUUCCCUUGCGAGCUUACCACAGCCAGCCUCGCUGCUCUCAAGCUAUGUUGGGGGCUUUGGAGCUGCAAGUAGCAUGCCUGGAAAUUUUGCUCUGAACCAAAGCACAGCAUCAGCAACCGCAGCUCCUGGGUUUGAUGGAACUGUGCCUGCACAGUACAAAGAAGGAAAUCACUUUGUUUCACUUCAGCAGAGCGAGAACCCUGCAAUGUGGAUGCAUGGAGCUGGUUCGCGAACAAUGCCACCUCUUGCAGCGAAUGCCUUGUAUGGCUAUCAGGGGCAGCAGGGCCAUCAGGGUGGCCUUCGGCAGGGGCAGCUGCCUUCACAGUUUGGCGCUGCGCUUGGACAGUCACAGCCAGGCCUGGGCCAUGAACACCGAAACCCUAGCGACGGUAACUUGAGCGCUGCUGCUGCUGCUCAGGCUAACCAAAUGUGGCCAAAUAGCUACUGACCUAGCAUUUGAAUGCAUCUGAGUGUGUGGUCCUGUUGUGGUGCGUGCUACGUCAGAGCUGCCAUGCAAUGCUUUUGGCCUGAUUCAGGCGCCCGAAUAGCAACUGUGUAUAUGAGUUGCUAUGUCGACAUUUUGGUGAGGCACAGGAGAUGUGUAUGUUUGAUCGCGUUCAAUUCUACUCAUAGCAUUUCUAGGAUGUGGCCUAAACUGUCUGUAGCUCUAUUUAUUUAUAUUCUGAUAGAAAAGAACCGUCCUUUCUCAGUUGGUUUUGUUCUUCCGUUUACAUAUCAUGUAACAAUAAAACUGAGAUAUCUAACAAAGCAGCACCAUGAAUUUCAAGUUAGCAAAGGAUGAGCUAGCUUUGCAUCACC